AUGGACUACCAAACGGAUGCAGUCGGCGGCAAUGAAGUGGAGGAGCAGCUGCAGCGUUUUCAGCAGGCUAUAGAGGACCUGCGCGAGGCUCUCAGUGAGCUGGCAGCUGCCCCUUUGGCGAACAGCCAAGAAAGGCAAAUGAAAGUAUUUCAAAUAAACAGAGUCAAACAGGAGGCGGCUGUCUGCAGCCGUUCGCUCUCUCUAGAGCUGCGCUGCUCCUCUUCAGUCUUGAGCCCCGAGGUGAUCUCUCGGCUGGUGCGGCGGCAGCAGCAGCUGCGGCAAGAGUUCGCGGCGCUGAGUGCCGAGUGUGAAGAGCAGCUGCUGACGGUGAGCAAAGACCAGCUGCUGGAGCGAUAUGGGAAGACGCACGAGCCGACACAGGACCAAGACCUCAGCCCGCAGCAGCAGCGGCAGCAACUCGUCAUGCUGGGAGAUGAAGUGCAGGACAAGACUCAGUUGAGCCUGGCGCGCACGCAGCUGCAAGUGGCCGAGACGGAGGACAUGGGGGGGGCGAUCCUGCAGCGAAUGCAGCAGCAGAACGAGCAGCUCGACAACGUAAAGGACAAACUGGAAGAUGUCGAGUUCAACAUUGGCCGAACGAAGAAGACGGCGCAGGCCAUCGCAAAGAACGCAGCCAGCGACCGAUGCCUGCAGUGCCUUUGCUGCUGCGUCGUUCUGCUUCUUAUUGCCUCAGUCGUGCUCAUCGCCCUGCCGGGAAGAUGA